AGUGGGUGAGCGCGCGCGCCGCCCGUCCGUCGUGGUUUCCUGGCUGCGCGCGGCGGUGGCGAAGUAGCUGCAGCUGUAGCAGCAGUCGCGAAGAUGGCGGAGGGGUUAGAGCGUGUGAGGAUCUCCGCGUCGGAGCUGAGAGGGAUCCUGGCCACUCUAGCUCCGCAGGCCGGGAGCAGAGAAAACAUGAAGGAAUUAAAGGAGCCCAGGCCACGUAAAGAUAACAGGCGCCCAGAUCUGGAAAUCUAUAAGCCUGGUCUUUCUCGACUAAGGAACAGACCUAAGAUCAAGGAACCCUCUGGGAGUGAGGAAUUCAAAGAUGAAAUUGCUAAUGACAGAGAGUCUGCUAUUGGAAAUGGCACACAGAUCAUUAAAGAUGUCUGCAAAGACCUGGACAGCCAACAGCAAAAUGGUCCUAUAGACCUAGAAAAUAAUCGGGGACAGGAAUCCUUUCCUAGGACUGUUGGACAAGAGGAUCGAAGUCUAAGAAUUAUCAAGAGAACAAAGAAACCGGACCUGCAGAUCUAUCAGCCUGGGCGGCGUUUACAAACUAUUACCAAAGAACCUGCUGUUCGGGCGGAUGAGGAAGAAAUCCUCAACCAGGUAGAACAGCUGAGAGUAGAGGAAGAUGAUUAUAGGGCCAAAAUUGUGAAAGAGGAAAUUGUGAAUAAGACAGAUAAAACUGAGACAGACAAGAGCCCAAAUAGUGACAGAGUAAGGACUGCAAAGGGAGAAAAAGGAAAGAGGAUUGAAAAAGGGGAGGGGGUGAAGAAAGUGACUGAUGAUGUGGGCCAGGGGAAGCCAGGUUCUGCAAAGCGCUACUCCCGCUCAGACAAACGAAGGAACCGUUACCGCACUUGUAGUACCAGCUCGGCGGGUAGCAACAACAGUGCUGAGGGAGCUGGCCUGACCGAUAACGGAUGUCGCCGCCGCCGACAGGAUCGGACCAAGGAGAGGCCACGACUGAAGAAGCAAGUAUCGAUGUCUUCAACUGACUCCUUAGAUGAGGAUAAAAUUGAUGAGCCUGAUGGAUUAGGGCCCAGGAAGAGCUCAGAAAGGAAGAAACAUUUAGAAAGAAACUGGUCUGGCCAUGGGGAGGGUGAGCAGAAAAGCAAUGGUAAAGAAAAUCGAGGCACUCUUCGUGUCACUUUUGAUGCAGAAACCAUGAACAAAGAUUCCCCUAUGGUGAGGUCAGCCAGGGGGGAUGUGGAGAGGGUAAAGCUUGACAGAGGCUUGAGCAGUGGGGGCAAGGGCUCUGAGAAGCAAGAGUCUAAAAACUUGAAACAAGAACUUCGGGGUCGUGGGCGUGGCAUUCUGAUUCUGCCUGCCCAUACCACUCUGUCUGUGAAUUCGGCAGGCUCUCCAGAGUCUACACCUUUGGGACCUCGGCCUUUAUUUGGAUCUGGUAGUAAGGGGUCUCGGAGCUGGGGCCGUGGAGGCACAACCCGCCGAUUAUGGGACCCAAAUAAUCCUGACCAGAAGCCAGCUUUAAAGAGCCAGGUGCCCCAGCUACAUUUCUUGGACACUGAUGAUGAAGUCAGCCCUACAUCUUGGAGUGACUCUCGCCAGGCCCAAGCAUCUUACUAUAAGUUUCAAAAUUCUGACAACCCCUAUUAUUACCCCCGGACACCAGGGCCUGCUUCCCAGUAUCCCUAUACAGGCUAUAGCCCUUUACAGUAUCCAAUGGGCCCUACAAAUGGUGUGUACCCAGGACCUUACUACCCAGGCUACCCGACUCCAUCUGGACAGUAUGUCUGUAGCCCUGUCCCUGCCAGCACUAUGAGCCCUGAGGAGAUAGAGCAGCACAUGAGAAAUGUUCAGCAACAGGAGCUACAUAGGCUUCUCCGGGUGGCUGAUAACCAGGAACUGCAGCUCAGCAACCUGCUCUCCAGGGACCGCAUCAGUCCUGAGGGCCUGGAGAAGAUGGCUCAGCUCAGAGCUGAACUACUGCAGCUAUAUGAGCGAUGUAUUCUGUUAGAUAUUGAGUUCUCUGAUAAUCAGAAUGUGGAUCAGAUCCUGUGGAAGAAUGCUUUCUAUCAGGUGAUUGAGAAGUUCAGGCAGCUUCUCAAGGAUCCGAAUGUUGAGAAUCCAGAACAGAUUCGGAACAGACUUUUGGAACUCUUAGAUGAGGGUAGUGACUUCUUUGAUAGUUUGCUUCAGAAGCUGCAGGUUACUUACAAGUUCAAACUGGAGGACUACAUGGACGGUCUUGCCAUUCGCAGCAAGCCAUUACGCAAGACAGUAAAAUAUGCCUUGAUCAGUGCCCAGCGAUGUAUGAUAUGCCAAGGAGAUAUCUCUAGGUAUCGGGAACAAGCCAAUGAUACAGCAAACUACGGGAAAGCACGCAGUUGGUACCUGAAGGCCCAGCACAUUGCUCCCAAGAAUGGGCGCCCCUAUAACCAGUUGGCUUUGCUGGCAGUGUAUACGAGGAGGAAGCUUGAUGCUGUGUAUUACUAUAUGCGCAGCCUAGCUGCCAGCAACCCUAUCCUGACUGCCAAGGAAAGUCUCAUGAGCUUGUUUGAAGAGACAAAACGAAAGGCAGAGCAAACGGAAAAGAAGCAGCAUGAGGAACUUGACCUGAGCUCUGACCUAUGGCGGAAAGGAAAGAAGUCUACUUUCCGGCAUGUUGGAGAUGAUACUACUCGCCUGGAGAUCUGGAUCCAUCCAUCCCAUCCCCGGUCCUCCCAGGGCACCGAGUCUGGGAAGGAUUCCGAGCAGGAAAAUGGACUGGGCAGCCUGAGCCCCAGUGAUCUGAACAAAAGGUUCAUCCUCAGUUUUCUCCAUGCCCAUGGGAAGCUGUUUACCCGGAUUGGGAUGGAGACAUUCCCUGCAGUGGCUGAGAAGGUCCUCCAGGAGUUCCAGGUGUUACUGCAGCACAGCCCCUCUCCUAUUGGAAGUAUCCGUAUGCUGCAGCUUAUGACCAUCAACAUGUUUGCUGUACAUAACUCCCAGCUGAAAGACUGCUUCCCGGAGGAGUGCCGCUCCGUGAUCCAGGAGCAGGCUGCAGCCCUGGGCUUGGCCAUGUUCUCUCUUCUGGUCCGCCGCUGCACCUGCUUACUUAAGGAGUCUGCCAAAGCUCAGCUGUCCUCUCCUGAGGAUCAGGAUCAGGACCAAGAUGACAUCAAGGUGUCUUCCUUCGUCCCAGACCUGAAGGAACUACUUCCCAGUGUGAAAGUCUGGUCAGACUGGAUGCUCGGGCAUCCAGACACCUGGAAUCCCCCACCCACGUCCCUGGAUCUGCCCUCGCGGGUUGCUGUGGAUGUGUGGUCGACGCUGGCUGAUUUCUGUAACAUACUGACUGCAGUGAACCAGUCAGAGGUGCCACUGUAUAAGGACCCGGACGAUGACCUCACCCUUCUCAUCCUGGAAGAGGAUCGGCUUCUCUCGGGCUUUGUCCCCUUGCUGGCUGCCCCUCAGGACCCCUGCUACGUGGAGAAAACCUCGGAGAAGGUUAUUGCAGCCGACUGCAAAAGGGUCACAGUGCUGAAGUAUUUUCUGGAAGCCCUUUGUGGACAAGAAGAGCCUCUGCUGGCAUUCAAGGGUGGAAAAUAUGUGUCAGUGGCACCCGUCCCAGACACCAUGGGAAAGGAAAUGGGAAGCCAAGAGGGAAAACAACUGGAAGAUGAGGAGGAGGACGUGGUGAUUGAAGACUUUGAGGAAGACUCAGAGGCUGAAGGCAGCGGAGGCGAGGAUGACAUCAGGGAACUUCGAGCCAAGAAGCUGGCUCUGGCCAGGAAGAUAGCCGAGCAGCAGCGUCGCCAAGAAAAGAUCCAGGCUGUCCUGGAAGACCAGAGUCAGAUGAGGCAGAUGGAGCUCGAGAUCAGACCCUUGUUCCUCGUCCCAGACACCAAUGGCUUCAUCGACCACCUGGCCAGUCUAGCCCGGCUGCUGGAGAGCAGGAAGUACAUCCUGGUGGUGCCCCUCAUCGUGAUCAAUGAGCUGGACGGCCUGGCCAAAGGGCAAGAGACAGACCACCGGGCUGGGGGCUACGCCCGCGUGGUACAAGAAAAGGCCCGCAAGUCCAUCGAGUUCCUCGAGCGGCGAUUCGAGAGUCGGGAUUCUUGUCUGCGGGCCCUGACCAGCCGUGGCAAUGAACUCGAAUCCAUCGCCUUCCGCAGUGAGGACAUCACUGGCCAACUGGGUAACAACGAUGACCUGAUCCUCUCCUGCUGCCUCCACUACUGCAAAGACAAGGCUAAGGACUUCAUGCCUACAAGCAAAGAAGAGCCGAUCCGGCUGCUGCGGGAGGUGGUGCUGUUGACAGAUGACCGGAACCUACGUGUGAAGGCACUGACCAGGAAUGUGCCUGUGCGGGACAUCCCUGCCUUCCUCACGUGGGCCCAGGUGGGCUGAGGGGGCCAUGCUGGGGCCCACCCCCUGGAACCGUUCCUGAGAGGCCACCAGGCACCCAGUGUAGCACGGAAGAUGUCCACGUGCCUGAGCCACCAAUCCACCCAGACAAUAAACCAUCCUCUUCAACCCACGCCGUGGCCGUGCUGUGGGGGAGCUGCUCCUCACAGAGCCCCUCCCAAGGGCUGGGCGGAAGCUGCUGGGACCCUUCUGGGCUGCAGGGAGGUGGCUGGCUACAGCAGCAGCAGGUGGGCAAGCCAGCUGGGCCGCCCAUGCCGUCAGCCUUUCUGCCUCCCCUAUCUCACCCCAGGGCUGGGGAAGGCCUGCUCACCCCAGGGACUCAGCCACUUUCCCCAGUGGAGAUGAGGCAGAGGUUUUAGUUUCCAUCCGACGGAGGUGAAAUCACAGGUCGCGAAUGUGUCCGCAGGGCUUUAGUCUCCUGAAGAGAGUGCCUGGGGCAUGUCUCCAUCUCUCAGAGGCCUGGAUUCCCCCGGAAAUCCACAAGUUGGGUUCUGGACCCCAUUUCCCUAAAAGCAGCCCCAGGCCCCCACCGCUCCCUCCUCCUCCCCACCCCAGUACAUCCCCACCCCACCCCACUGCUCCUCUGGUUCUCAGCAGUGUAGCCCCUUGUAGACACUAGUUUUCACCUUUUACGGCCAUGGGUCUAGAGGGAAGGGACGUGGGUCUCAGGCCCAUGCUCCCUGGGGGCCUCCACCUGCUCCCUUCUCCCUCACUGGCCUGCCUUUUGCUCUAGUAUCCUCUUUGGGAAAUUUCCUCGAACUCCUCUCAGCGCCACACCCACGCACACAUAUCCACACAUCCCCCCACCCCCAUCCCCACCCCUCCUCCUCCUGCCCUUUCAGGUUGAUCCCUUUCACCUCCCGCGUCCCCCCAACUUCCUCACCUCAGUUCCUUGUCAAGGGCCUACUCGCUCUCUUCCUGCUCUGCUACCUGUGGCAGGAGCCCGAGAAGGCUUUCCCACCCCGCCCUUCCUUGCCAGGCCCCAGCCUCAAAACUAGCAGGCUGUUAGAGCCCAGCCCGUGGGCCUGCAGGGAGCAUAGCCCAGCCUGGGCUUUGCACCUUGUUUCUAGCUUUGCCCGGCCUUCCCGGAAGAACUGCCACGGGGGCCCCUUGAAAGCCUUCCAGUUUUGUACUGCGCCAUUACAUUAGCUGGUGCCCAUACUCCAGAUCUCACCGGGUAGGCUUCCUGCUGGAAAUAAGUUCUUCCAGCCCAGGAGCGGGGAUGAGGAGUUAAGGAGAGAGGGUUUUAGGUGGAACCAGGGAUAAAUCUUGAUGGGCCGAUGGGAGAGUUCCCCCUAGAGCCCACUGCCUGUCCAGACUGCCCAGAGUACAGUAGGACACUGUGCCCUCCCUGAGGCCCAAGGUUAUGCCAGGAGGAGGCAGCAUUCUGCAGGAGGCUGAGGCCAGGGGUUAGGGGGAUGAGGCCCGCCAUGGCCCCAGAAGGCUGGGCUCUUGAGGGGGGGGGCGGGGGGCCCCAGCCUCUCCUUUGAGCUCUCCCCUGGCGGAAGGCCAGUGACUGGGUAGGGGGAAGACCCAUCUCUCCUCUCUGUCCCCUUUGCAGCGCUGGUUUUGUUUCCUUAAUAAAUUUGUAG